AUGGAUGCACAUGGUGAGCUGCUUAAGUGCGUGUUACAAUUGGCGGCAAGCAGCGACAAGCUUCGUACGACAAAUGCAAUCCUCGGAACGUUUUUGACACGAAUGGAACAGGCUUUACCCGAGUCUGGAAUGCCUCACUUGACGUCUAAAUUGGCAGUUGUAGCGGCAAAUCCAGAGCGGGAUUCACUUACAUUGGAAGAGAAAUUUCAAGAGAUUUAUGAUCUUGGGACCGAGACGACCGAACGAAUGGAAAUUACCAAAACACGAGUGGAAAAGGAACUACGACGUCGUUCCGAGAAUUUUUGUGAUCUCGUCAAGAGUCGGAAUACAGAUAUACAGGAGGAAUACGCACGAAUGCUGAAGGAAUUGGACGAUCAGGCAGAGUUACUGGAUCAAGAGAUUCCAAAAGAGAAGGAAGCUGCAGCUUUACGAGCGAAACGACGUCGUGAGGAAGCUCUUGAGAGAAAGUCUAGUAAGAAACAACAUCUUGUAGAAGAGCGUGCACUUUUGAAAGGCCAGUUGGACGAAUACACGCUCGAGAUCAGACAGUUGCAGGAAGUGUUUGCGACACUGGAAGAGGAGAACGGAGACUUUACGGAUGACACUCAAAGUGCAGAGGAACGGCGCCAACGUGAGGAAGAACGUGCUCAGAAUGAAUUUGUGGAGAUUCAGCAGGAAAUUGUGCUGCUAAAGGAGGUGCAGAAGGCGACUAUGGAGAAAAUCGACAGACAAUCACUAAAGGCUCAGUACGAGGAAGAAAAGCGGGAAGUGCUGGAAGAGACGGCUCAUCUAGAAAGCUUGGUGGAAGAUUUCGCACCCCAAAUCAAUUCAAAUGGCGUUCGAUUGCACUCACUGCUUCGAACGCUGGCUCACACUCCAGGCAUCGGGACGCUCAUGACACGCCUGUUCCAGCAAUUAAGCAGCGACUAUUCUCCUUCUCCGUCGUCUACCGACGUGCCUCCCACACCUCGGAAAACGGUCGACAUGAAAGCCUUCCUCAACAGCUGCCCGAGUUUCGAAGAAGGCAGCCGAGCAAUUGACGAGCUCAAGAAGUUGCAGCUCAUCCAUUGCUACGAAUCAAGCGGAAUUAUUGCGUUGGCAGAUUAG